GAGUUAUUGCUGACAACCGCUGAACCACUGAUAGAACCGAAGCACAAGUGUUCCCACAAUUGGACGCAAAUCUUCGUUCACUCGGCGGCCAAGACUUCCGGCAAAUACUACGACAGAAGAACCGCUACCAGAGAUACCUGGGCUUCAGAGGCCCUCAAACACCACAUGAGAGUCACAUUCGUGUUGGCCUACCAUAAGAACCCAGACUCCAAUGAGAGUCAAGAAAUCCAGAGGAAUAUUACUACAGAAUCCGAGAAAUACGGAGAUAUUCUUCAGUUUGGUUUCGUUGACGCCUAUUAUAAUCUGACGCUUAAAGCCAUCUCUUUGUUGAAUUGGGUCUCAAAGCAGUGUUUAGUCAACGACUAUGUCAUCAAAACAGAUGACGAUAUUGUGGUCAACACUGAAAGACUGCGACAAAGAAUAGAUAAAAAGGCAUUUAAAUCGGGAAUAACAGGAUAUAUGGCUAAAGGGGUCGACACCAAACCGCCCCGUAAUGCCAACAGUAACUGGUAUAUGCCGUCCGAUGUCUACCCACUAGACCGAUACCCACCUUACCUUCUGGGGGCUGCGUAUGUCAUGUCCACUGAUAUCAUCGAUAAGUUAUAUCGGUUUGCUAUGAAUGCCUCAAUACUACCGGUGCUGCGCAUCGAUGACCUCUAUUUGACGGGUUUUGUGUCACAAACGGCUGGUAUUGACCGCUACGACGACCAGGAGUUUCCCAAUCAUGGGUCCGAUGUAUCGCAAGUGUGUGAUGUGAAUGUCUGCCGACUCUACGACUAUGUCUCAUACCAUGGCUGCCAUACCGGGAAUAAUGUGAGACAUUUGUGGAACUCCUGGAAGAAUACGACAAUUAAUUCGUGUCUACCAUACGAGCACUCGGUGUCUGAGUUGUAUCUCACAAAAGAUGAACCACUGAUACAACCGAAGCACAAGUGUUCCCACAAUUGGACGCAAAUCUUCGUUCACUCGGCGGCCAAGUCUUCCGGCAAAUACUACGACAGGAGAACCGCUACCAGAGAUACCUGGGCUUCAGAGGCGCUCAAACACCACAUGAAAAGGAAUAUCACUACAGAAUCCGAUAAAUACGGAGAUAUUCUUGAGUUUGGUUUCGUUGACGCCUAUUAUAAUCUGACGUUUAAAGCCAUCUCUUUGUUGAAUUGGAUCUCAAAGGAGUGUUUAGUCAACGACUAUGUCAUCAAAACAGAUGACGAUAUUGUGGUCAACACUGAAAGACUACGACAAAGAAAAUAUAAAAUGGCAUUUAAAUCGGGAAUCACUGGAGAUAUGUAUAGGGGAUCUGCUCGACGUGAUAAAGAUGGCCGGAAUUACAUCCCAUACGACGUCUACCCCAACAAUAACUCCAUUUCCUACACAUUUGGUUACUUCCAAAUCAUAUCCACCGAUAUCAUCGAUAAUAUGUACAAAACAAUAAUCAUUGAUAACGACGAUGCGGUUCUAAAAGUGGAGGACUUUUAUAUGACCGGGGUUAUAACGCAUAGGGCUAACCUCCCGGUUCACAAUGACCCCGGAGAGUAUGACUUAGUGUUGGAUAUUGGGUGCGGUUCUGGGAAUAUAACCCAAACUAUCGGUGAUAUACUGAAAGUCAAGCAAAUCUAUGGCAUAGAUGUGGACAAAGAGAUGAUAGGAUUUGCGACACAAAACCACUGCAAGCCUUACAUCCAAUACUUUGCACAGGAUUUCGGUGCGGAUUGGGAUGUGUUGGCGCCUGAACUCCGGGCCCUCGAAGGCAAAGUAGACCUCAUAUUC